GAAGGGACUGAGGCAGGCAGAUUGUAAACACUGAGCAGAGAGAAGGAUGGAUAGUGCAGGACACAUAUGUUGCUUGUCCUGGCAGAAUGAGGAGUAAUUGUACAGCAAAGAUCCUCUAUUAGGAAGAAAUGGCAAAGUGGAUUUUCUGGAGCUCCAGAGGGCCAGCCUCAUGGGUCCUCCCAGUGACAUCACCUAUAACAACAUCCGACGGCUACAAUAUUAUAGGGUCACUCCUCUUUGUGCUGAUCUCGGAAGCUAACACAGCUUGGCUGGAAGAAGAUGCAGGGUUUUUAACCAGGAACUCCAGAUUGCCAUGAACUGGUUACACUGAAUAACUUAACUGCAUUCCCAGGAUCUGCAUAAAUAACUUAACACUCAGCAAAAAGCUGUGGAGGAGCAAUUCAUCCCUGGCAUCCUACCACCUGGAAGUUAAGUAGCGCAUCUGAAGUCAAACUCCGAUACCAACAACUUUUGCCACCAAAGGCUUUGGUGGCUGUUGUAUUUCUCCCGCCAUAUUGAGGUCAGGGUGGUGCCACAAGCUUUCCUAAGGCAUCUUUAUCCUCUAUGCCUGGACAUUUGUGCAGCAUCUUUCUAAACUGGCACUGACAACUCAGGCCUUCCAGCAACACGAGAAAUGGAAGCAUUAGAAGUUGAUGACAUCAGCCCAGCCUUGGAGGUGACUGAAGAUUUCUUCAAUAGUUUUGAUGCCAAGCUGGAAAAGAGUGUGCAACCGUCCGAGGUAUAUGGGGUGCAGGAGGUUCCUGAGCUGGUAGGACAUGAAGUAUUCAAUCAGAUAACGGACAGCGGAGACCUGAGAAACAUCACUUCUUUAGCUAAAAGCAGCCUCAUUUGGGAACGCUGCAGAAAUGGCCUCUUGGAAGCCAAUGCUCCGAAAGCGUUCCCUGCCAAAGAUCAGUUUACAGGGCAAAUGGAGACAUCCCCGGAUAAUCUCUCCUGGGUGGAGCAAAGAGAAGCAUCGACUUUUAAGAUUUUUAAUCUCUGUCAGCGGAGGAGAGACAGGCCCCGCUCUGUGAACGAUAUCCUAGUGCAGAACGAGGAAGCCUCCACUUUCAAGCCAGGGCAUAACCGGUCACGCUCGGAUGCAAGCCACAUAGACUGGGGACUUGUCUUCACAGGUGCCUCUGUGCAGCCGCCGUCAAGUCAGGACACCAAUUGCUCCAGGCUUUCAUGCCAAUCACCCGCACUAAAUAAGGGAGAGGACGUUCAAGGGAACACUGAACACAAGCUGACAUUCCCAAAUAUUCUGAAGAAGGGAUACCUAGAAAUUAGAAAGGACCAUGACAGCUGCUGGCAGCCCUGUUAUGCAGAGCUCACUCCAUACAAACUGUACCUUUAUUACCUUCACAGUAGUGGCAACCAGAAUUUUCCUACCAUGUAUCUGCUUUCAUAUUUCCAAAGCGUCACUGUCACAGGCAGCACUGAAACAAAGAUGGUGGAUGCCGUUCUGUCGGAUAACUCCCAGCUGCAGCUGAAGGCAGAGUCGCCGUGGGAGACUUUGGACUGGGGGAAGAAACUUUGGGAGGUGGGGCAUUCCUCUGCGCCAUCGUUCAUGAGGCAGCAGGAAGACCUAGAGGACUCUCAAAAGCUGGACAACAACAGGGACCUUCCCCAGAUUCAUGGCUUACAAAAGAAGCCUGCUGAGCUUUUCCAGUGUACAGCUGUGAGCCAAAAUACAAGGGAGUACCAAAACAUUCUCAGGUCAGGGACUCUUUAUAGGUUGACGAUCCAGAAUAACUGGAAAGCGUUUACUUUUGUAUUAAGCAGAUCUUGUCUCAUGGCAUUUCAGCCCGGGAGUCUCGAUGAAGACCCUCUCCUGAGCUAUAACAUUGACGUGUGUCUGACUGUCCAGACAGAUAUUCUGGAUGACUGUGACUCUUGCUUUCAGGUCAUUUUCCCUCAAGAUGUCCUCCGGCUGCGUGCAGAGACACGUCAGAGAGCACAGGAGUGGAUGGAGGCCCUGAAAUCUGCAGCCAACGCAGCCAGAAGUUUAGGUCCAAACCUGCAGGUUACUCUCAGAAACAAAGCCAGAGAUCAGCCUCUGGGGAAGGACUUUAGGCAGAGCAAGCGCCAGUCUGUGACCACCAGCUUUCUGAGCAUUCUGACCACGUUGUCUUUAGAAAGAGGACUCACGGCCCAGAGCUUCAAGUGUGCAGGUUGUCAGCGCUCUAUAGGCUUGUCCAAUGGAAAAGCCAAGGUGUGCAGUUACAGCGGAUGGUAUUACUGCAGCAACUGCCAUGUGGAUGACAACUUUCUAAUCCCCGCGCGACUGGUUCAUAAUUGGGACACUUCAAAAUACAAGGUAUCAAAACAAGCCAAAGAGUUCCUGGAGUACGUGUACGAGGAGCCGCUAAUUGACAUCCAGCAGGAAAAUCCCAUGUUGUACAGACAUGUAGAGCCACUGGCGACUGUAGUCCGUCUGAGACAGCAGCUGAGAUCUCUCCGAGCCUAUUUGUUCAGCUGCAGAGCAGCAGUGGCAGAAGACCUGCGCAGGAGAAUCUUCCCCAGAGAAUACCUCCUUCAGCAGAUCCACCUGUAUUCCCUUGCAGACCUACAGCAGGUCAUUGAAGGAAAAUUGGCUCCAUUCUUGGGGAAGGUAAUCAAGUUUGCCACCUCUCAUGUGUACAGCUGCAGCCUUUGUAGCCAAAAGGGCUUCAUCUGCGAGAUUUGUAACAAUGGAGAGAUCCUUUACCCCUUUGAGGAUAUUUCAACAAGCAGGUGUGAGAGCUGUGGUGCUGUCUUCCACUCUGAGUGCAAAGUGAAGUCUGUCCCGUGUCCCAGGUGUGUGCGCAAAGAGCUGCAGAAGAAGCAGAAGUCCUUCUGGAGGAGACUGAAUGUGGACGAGAGCCUGGAAGAGUCUUGCACCAUGUUCGAGCUGUCUUACCAGAACACAUGACUUCCCUUAGGCACUGGCUGAAAGGAAGAGAUCCUCUUCUACAGUCAACAAUUCAAGCAGCUUCUUAGCUAUUCAGGCAGCAACCUGAUUGCAAAGAUUUGCCUGACCUUCAUCCUGAUUAUCGCUUAGCACUGGCCAAAAGAGCCAUGAAACCUGGAUGGCUUUAGAAUGUCAACAGCCAAAUUGCAUUUUGUGGUGAAGUUGAACCACCAGAUCUCAUGAAAAAUGUGGCUUGCUUGAAAUGUUUUUGGUCAAGCUCAUUAACUCUCAACCUCUUGUUUUCCACCUCAGGAGAAGAUUUUCCUCAAGGCAGAAAAGAUUUCCUGCCCCAACCACAUCGCUAUUAUUUUUGUUGUUGGUCAGAAGCAGUGAAUCAUCUGCUUAUUUAAGUCUAUUAUUUUUAUUAGUCUUGGCUGAGGCUCUGGUGAAGUGUUUUUCAGGAACUGAGAAUGUAGCAAUGGUACCAUGCCCACCUGCUUCAUCUGAUGCAGGUGCAUGGAUCGUUUUUCUAAUGGCUUUGGGGUUUUUUUUUCCUCCACCCAAAGAGAAAAGAGCUUUUCAUGUCAGAUUUUAUUCAGGAUGUUUUCAAACGUAAGAACCAGGAGAAUUCCUUUAGGUGUGUGUUUAUAUUUAUAGCUAUCCCAGCAGAAUACUAUAUGAUCAACAGAGGACUGAUUGCUAUUUUUGGCUGGGGUGGCAAUUCCAUUCUUGCCCUGUUAUUGGAGCAUCAUAUCUUUUGCCUGCUGCUACUGUCUACGUGGGCCUCUGUUAAUGGGAUGUUAGUUCAAAUCCCUGUUCCAUUCACAUUCAUAGCCAUUUUAAACCACCAGAUCAUUUUGUUUUUUAGAUCACCUUAUAUUAAUGAGCAGUGCUUUAUCCAUAGGAGUGAUAAACAUGCUUCCCUUACCUGAAUCUGCUAGAGCUACAGGAAAAGAUCUCUUCUGCCUUUAAUAUAUAUGUGUGUGUGUGUGUGUGUGUGUGUGUGUGUGCGUGCGUGCGCGCGCGCGCAAAAUUUCCCUAAUCAUGAAACAUUUAAUCUUUUUCCUGUACCCUUCUUGUGCAUUUUGUGUGCUGCACUGGCCCCUGGCAGCAUUAUGCAGGUCCAGGGGGACUUUGGUACUUCAGUAAGAACUUACCAAGGGAAAGGGCAGUUCUCGGAAGUGUAUUCUGCCCCAUAUACCUGGAAUAUGGGGAAACAUGGAACACAGUAAGUCAUGUCUUCUGUGCAAAGAGAAUGUGUGAUCGAUUUGAUUGGGAAAACGUGUAUGUUUCACCACUGACAACGUCUUUCACCCCAGUGAGUCUUUGAGAUCGUCUUCACUUGAAUCCAUUAAGUAUCUUAAGUUUUUCUCCGAUCUCUACAUCAGUAUGUAUAUUACAUACAUAUGUACUCGUGUGUAUAUUUAUAGAAAGCAAGUACAGUGUCAGGAGAAAAGUUCACAGACUUUUUGUGUGCAUGUGUAUUUAUUUAUCGCUCCUCUCUAGCUGGUUUACUAAAUGGCAGGCCACCAACCUAUGCUUCUUAGAUAAUCACCUAGCCAGUAAGCUUCCCUCCUCCCUGCCACUCAGGUUUGACUCAGAUGCCCCUCCAUCAUGAUGGAGGGGUGGCAGGGCCAAAUAUGAGCAAGUGGUGUUGCAACCUGGCCCACGGGGUCACAGCGCCACUGAAAUUAUAACAGAGGGGAUGCUGCCCUGAAAUCUGCUGCUCUGGGUAGCUACCAAGUGUCCCUUUAGCUAGAGUGGUCUCUGUGCCUGGCCUAGAAACCUCGUAUGGUAGCUGUUGUAUUUAAGGGAGCAACCAGAGCCCUUAUCAUCAGAACUUUGCAUUAAUUGAUGGAAUGGUUUAAAUAAAAGAGAAGGGAGUAUAAUACUUAUAGGAAGUGGUUGGCAAGCUAAAAAUGUAUCCUCUCUUCUAUUCAGACACCAGUGUUUCUGUUUUCCAACCUUUGGAGAGUGGGGAAAUAGCUGAACCUGAGCUUUUUCAAAUGAAUAAGCAUCUAUUAUACAUAUACGUGUUGAUUUGGAAAAGCUUAGGUUCGGUGGGGUGUAUCGGGGUAACUAUGCUUCCACAGCUUUUAGUUGGUUUUCAUUUUAAUGAAGAUAAUGCUGUCUGGUUGCCCGACCUCGUAGUGAAUUGCUUUGGCCAAGGGAAGCAUAGAGAUACCCUUGUUUAAUGUACUUGGUCUCUGAAAAUGAGCCAUGCAUCCUUCCCACUGCACGACCCCUCCUCCCAGCUCAAUGGACUAUACAUGAAAUGCUUUGUUUUCCAAUAUGGUUCCUAGAGCUUGCUCCGUGGGAGUCCUGCUUGGCUCCUCCGAGAAGAAUUCCCUGCUCCAUCGUUUCGUGCUCACGCACAAAUGCAAACACUUGGGGAGAUAUUCUGGAAUUACAGUCACACAAACAGGAAAUGGCUACACAAACAAUCCGGCCCCACAGCGUGUUUUCUGUGUGUGUCAGUUAGACCAGUCAUGAGACAAUGCCACCAGCCCGGAAGUGAACCUGAUGUGGCUGGUGCAAUUUGGAAUUAAUUUCAGACCUAAUGGCAGGUCAUGCAAAAAAUGCCAAUUGCUGUUUCCAGAGCAUAACAUAUUAGAACACAUGAUAAUUUACAGUGAUGUUUCACUACCAGGCAUUCGAGUGCAUUUGCACACCCUGUAUGAGAGCAGAGGAGCUUUUCAGACUUCAUAUGUUAACUUAUUUGACAUGUGCAACAUCCGAAAUGUACCAGUGCUUUGCUGGAUAUUUUGGGCCAAAUUCUGGCAUAGUCCCAUUGGAGUUAUUCUGGAUUUACAAGAGUAUUAUUGAGAGCAGAACUUGGCCUCUUAGCUUUAAGAUGUACAGCAAAAUGGAAUAGCAAGUCUGAUGUAAAGAGCAGAUCUGGAGCGGCUGCCAUCACCCCGACAGCAAACUACACUAGCACAUCACAUUGAGUAAGAGCUGCUGCCAAUACCAAAGGUUUAUGUGAAGUACUGUCGUACAGCAGUGUUAAAAGGGAGCCAGUUCCUGGAAUGGAGCCACAUUUGCACCGGUGAAACGAUAGACUUAACUUUUCUCAGUGUGGAAGAAGCUUUCUUCUCGCGGGAAGUCUUGUUCCUUUCUCCAUAAGGAGUUAAACCCAGUUCUAUGUCAGCAUGCCUAGCAAAGUACAUCAGAGGUUGUGUCCUUCCAGCAGACUCAUUGAUGAAGCACCCAGUCCUGAUUACAGGAGGAGUAGAAUUGGGUCCGUAUUAACUUUCAGCACCACAAGGCAAAAGCAUAACUUUAAAAUUCUAUUAGUAAAAAACCAAAACUGUUCCUCUACUAAGUAUACACUGGCAUCCACUGAAAAGGGGCCGAUUUUCUGCAACAACCCCCUGUCUACACAAGAAGCAAUCUGUGAUGAUGCAUGA